AUGGCCAUCUUAACCAUCAGAGACUAUCGUGGUGCAACGGUAGAAGAUUUAGAUAUUAAACCUGCUAUUUCAAUUAACCCAACUACUCAUUUGAACGAAGCGUUGGAAGUAGCAUACGAGCAUGAAUUCACAUACUUACCAGUAAUCCAUGAGUCAAAUAAGAAGCUUUUAGGAAUUUUCAACGUCGAAGACUUGAAAACCACUAGUAAUGCAGAGAACAAAGUUCGUUUGGCGCCGCUUGUGAAGAACCACAUGUUAUGGUUCCACCAAAAGGCAAAAGAUAACUACGAAAAGGAUCAUCAAGAACCACAAAAGAUUAACAAGACGGCACUUAAUACUACAAUCUUGAAACCUCAAACCAAGGGUAAAUCGUUCAAUAUUAUAACACCCAUGAGUCCUUUGGAGGAGUUGGCUAAUUUCUUUGCUGAGGGCGUUUAUUUCGCUAUUGUCACCAACGAUGAAGGAACCCUUGUUUAUGGAGUGGCCACUCCUGAAGACUUAACGAGAUAUGAAAAUUCCAGACCAAGAUUAUGA